AUCUCACAGAUAAAUGUGUCAUUGCGAAUUAGACAAUAGAAACGGCAACCUUUACCCAAUUAUGAUACAUUAAAAAUAGCAAACGAUAAUUUAUAAAUUUUCGCUAGUUGACGAGCGCUCCAUUGCGAGUUUAGAAUACGAUGAACGAAAUUCAAAUGCACAUGUUCGCGUCAUCACACAGUCGUAGCUGCUCACACCUUAUUUUUUCUUUGAAUGUUUACAAAGAGUGCUUUGACGUGGUUGGAGUUCGAGUUUCAAAUGACGAAUUAAAAUUAAAGAAAAAUGAAAUCUUCCCAUUGUAAUAAGUUGCCAAAACGAUCUUUCGUUCUGGGAAGGAAGUUCUGUUCAGGACAGAGAAAGAGAGAUACACUCGCAAAUUUAGAGCCGAAGCAGCAUGAUGCGCAUUUUGAAUAUCCGGAAAUUGAUUUAAGUUAUAAAUUGUGCCCAUAUCCAAAUGGUGUUGAGCUUCUGAAAUUGUCUGAACUAACAGAUUUACCGAUUUCCCGAAUCAAGGAAGAGUUCCAAAGGAGGAGAAAUAUGCUCAGAAAUCGAAUAAAGCAACUGGAUGAAAGAUACAUUUUGUUCACACUAUUUAUAUCAACAAUUGCACUGAUUUUUGCAUGUUUAUUCAUUAGUUACUGUACAAAACAAAAAAUUAUUUUCACAUAAAAUAUCGUUUUUUUUCCUUGCAAA